GCGCACCGGCGCGUGGCGCUGCGGCCGUGCCUCCCGGCCUUUGAAGAGAAACUGUCGCUGUGGAGUGAUGGUGGGGCCAGACCACUCUACCGCCGCCGCCGCGGAACGACAGAGAAAGCUCCAGGAGUACCUGGCAGCUAAAGGAAAAUUGAAGGACCAAAACACCAAGCCUUAUCUAAAAGCCAAGAAUAACUGUCCAAAUCCACCACCUGCUAGAUCAACUAUUGGACCCAAAAAGGAUGUUACCAGCCAUGCUAUUUUGCCUGUCAAAGUUACAAGGCCAGUGAACAUUAAACUCCAGUCCAAAACAGCUAAUAUCACAGGGCCCCAGAAGCCAAAGUUGGAGCCAGAAAAACUUCCAGGAAAAAAAUUGGCUUCAAGAUCUGUUCCUUCUAACCCAAACUAUAAACCACCCAACAAGAGUAGAACUGGAUCGUCCACUGCAGGAACACUGUCCAGAAAACUCACAAAGUCCCCUAGUGAGACAACAGGGUGGAAGAAAGCAGAUCAAGGAAAUACUUUAUGUACAGACUCUGUGAUGAACACUCAGAUUGAAAAUAAACCUUCAAAUGGCUUUCUAAAAGAGAUAAACAAAGAAAACUUGUCCCAAACCUUGUUAGAACCUGAGAGAAAGACAGACUCUGAACUGUAUACCAUCAGUAAGCCAAAGACUAGCUGUUACGUUCAAACCAGGGGCAGUUUAGCUCCUAAACAAGUCUUCAGCAAAAGUUCUCUUACUAUUGCUGUUCUGAAAGACAGGGGUGGAAAAACACAUAUCAGGACUCUACCAGUAAGGUCACAGCAACUCUCUAGAGUUGCAGAUUUUGCCAGACCAAAAGAAAAAACCCCAAGAACAGUUCCUUCUCACUUUAUUCAGACUGUUAGUAGGACUCAAGCAUCAAUGAAGCCAGUGGCCAAGGACAUGAAAGUUAACAAGAAUGGAAGAACAAAUGAAACAAAGUUACAAACAUAUGCUGUCACUGAACAGAAAGUAAAACACACCAAAACUCCCCAUUUGCUUCAGGAAAGCUCUAACAACAGAUGUGCAGCCAUCAGGCCAGAUCAAAAGACUGUGCUUCCAUGUCUUAGACCCCAGACAUCAUGUGUUUUGCAAAGAUCAAGAGCCAUAAUCCAGAAGCCUAUUUUGUCAGGUGAUAGGUGCAAUUCAGUCAUUCCAAGCACCCCUAGGAUACGAGAAAUUACAACCAACAAUAAGUACAAUAACAUCUUUCAACAAAAACCACAAACUUUGGACUCCAAGUUCAAAAAGGCUCUUCCUCACAACCAUUUUCUGAACAAAACAGCUCCCAAAUCUCAAGCAGGUAUCACUACUAUAAAUAAGAAAGCACCCCCAAGUGGUACCCAGACUCACCCAAAUAUUAAUAAGAAGACCACAGCAGAAGACCGGAGGAAACAACUCGAAGAAUGGCAGAAAUCUAAGGGGAAAAUUUAUAAACGACCUCCUAUGGAAGUUAAAGCAAAAAGAAAAAUAAUAGAAGAAAUGAAUAUUUCAUUCUGGAAAAGCAUUGAAAAAGAAGAAGAAGAAAAAAAAGCACAGUUGGAACUGUCCAAUAAAAUUAACAACACUCUGACAGAAUGCUUGCAGCUCAUUGAAGAGGGGGUACUUUCUAGUGAGAUAUUUACCAUAUUGUCCAGUAUUCCUGAGGCUGAAAAGUUUGCUAAGUUCUGGAUCUGCAAAGCAAAGUUAUUGGCAAGUAAAGGUACAUUUGAUGUUAUUGGACUCUAUGAGGAGGCCAUUAAAAAUGGAGCAACUCCAAUACUGGAAUUACGGGAAGUUGUUCUUAACAUUUUACAAGAUCCAAGCAGAACCACAGAAGGAAUUUCCUCUAGCUCUUUAGCUGAUGAAACUAAUAUUGUAUUAAUGGAAGAGUUGGCCAGGAGUGUGGAAUCUGUGCACUCCUGUCGUCCUCUAAAAGAAAGGGAGCAGGUUGCAGCAAUACCUCAAAUAACCACAACAGAACAGGAUAACCCUGGCAUCAAAUUGCAGAUCACCCCAAUUCCUAGAAUAAGUGGGAUGCCAGAAGUACAGGACAUGAAGCUUAUUACUCCCGUACGGCGCUCGGCAAGGAUCAAGCAAGCAGUGUCUCACUACCCAGAAAUGCUUCAGGAGCAUGACUUGGUAGUAGCUUCUCUGGAUGAACUACUAGAAGUAGAAACAGAGUGCUUUCUAGUCCGGAAAAAUGAGGCUUUGCCUGUGAUGUUAGGUUUUAAGGUCCUUGAAUCAUAAUCUCUUGAUGCAUUUUUCUUUUUUUAUAGUGAGAGUAUUUCAGGGCUUCCAAGAACUAAGAACUAGCCCUUGUCUAGAUGGCUUGAAAUUAUGUAUAUGAAGACAUCAUGGAUUCAGACUGUAGCCUUUUGGGACUGAGGAAAUAGUGAGCUGGGUUUACUCUAAAAUUUGUUCUCCCCAUGGGAAAGCCUUUGGUUUAUAUGUUUGUGGCAGUUUAUAACAUACAGAAUUUUCAAAGUAUCAAAUAUUAAUUUCUCUUGUACAUGUUGAAAAUUUUGCACUUUGUUGAUCUA